AUGGAUGUGUAUAAUGCCUUUCUUCAAGGUGAUCUCAAUGAUGAGAUCUACAUGGAGUUGCCACAAGGAUUUCAAAGUCAGGAGGACAAUGAUAUGUUAAUUACUGGAGACAGUCUGGAUGCAAUAGUGGAAACCAAGGCUGAGUUACAAAAAGCUUUCAAGAUGAAAGAUUUAGGUGCUGCUAAACCAUUUCACACACCUAUAGAAACUAGUAUUAAGCUGACAACCAGAGAAUAUGAUCAACAUCUAAAGGAAAUUAUUGCUCAACAAGACAAACAAACUGGCAAGAAGACAACAUGUGUAGAAGAUGAAGUAUUACAAGAUCAAGGAGCCUAUCAAAGAUUAUUAGGGAAGCUGCUUUAUUUAACAGUAACAAGACCUGAUAUCUCCUACAGUGAAGUUUAUAACUGGUUUUUUAUCAAACUGGGAGAUUCUCUAGUGUCAUGGAAAUCUAAGAAGCAGUCAACAAUAUCUAGAAGUUUAGCAGAAGCAGAGUAUAGAAGUUUAGCAAAUACUGUAUCUGAAUUGACUUGGUUAACUGGCUUGAAUAGAGAUCUGGGAGUGCAAUUGAAACUGCUUGUAUGUGUUUACAGUGAUAGCAAAGCAGCCAUCCAAAUAGCAGCCAAUCCUAUGUUUCAUGAAAGAACAAAACACAUAGAAAUUGACUGUCAUUUCAUAAGAGAAAAGAUACAGCAAGGCUUGAUCAAAACUGAGUAUUUGCCUACAAUUGAACAACUUGCUGAUGUACUCACAAAAGGGCUUAACAAGAUUCAACAAGAAUACUUGUUGUCUAAACUGGGAUUACUAAAUGUGUUUAAUCCAAGCUAG